AGGUGGUAGCUACAAUCUCUACGCAGACCCCUCCAGCAAAGGCUAAACUCUUUUCUCGAACCAAACGCCAUCUUGAUCACUGUUGCUUGUCCUUUUCUGGUCGACUUCGACUCUUUUUACGCUCAAAGAUUCGAUAGGCAGGUAGAAAGACGAUGAUGUUCCAACAUACAACUGAAAUGAUAAUGCCUCGCUAAUAACGCAGCAAACGGCGCAUACUUUUGUUUUGUACGCGUCACUUUUGUUGAGGCUUGUGGCUUUGGCUUGAGUGAAUAAAACAAUAACAUCUGUGCUGAAGCUUCUGGGAGUGUAAAGCCUAACUUUUGAGUAAAUAGAGCAUGACGAGGCGAGUAAAAAGUGGCUACUUUAUAGGCGCUUUUCAAGAAACAAAAGACAUCUGAAAAGUAUACAAUUAACCUCCUCCCAUAACAGGAAGUGACGCAUUUUUUUGCCCUCAGGAUAAGAAAGAGGCCCGCUGAAAAUCUUGAUUGGCCUUCGCCUCUAUAAAAAAAGGCGAGGGUUUAGCUCCAGCGACGCUUAAAGCACAAAAGUAUAGCAGCCGGAUAGUUUUCCGUCUAUCCUUAGGCUUAUCCCUUCGUGGAAAGAAUUAGAAAAACUAUGUAUAAUUAUGUGUUCAAAGAUUUAUGGUCGGAAGUUUUUCAUCGAGUAUCCAUGUGUUUAUGUACAUUAACCCUUCCGUUCGUUGAGUAGUCAACAGAAAUAGAUACAUAAGCAUAGUUGUUUUGUUGUUGUAGAAAAGCAUAUUAGCCCAUUAUUCUCGCUCGCUCAUCUUGUUGUAGUCCUGCUUUGUGAAUCGAUUAUAGAUCUUGAGUACUUGUUCUUUUACUCAGAGUAAUAAACCAUAUUCAGUCAUCUUCACGCGAAAUAAGAAAAGUAUGGGGGCACAGGAGUCAUCGUUGGGUGGCGGCCCACAGGGCAGUCGUGCCGCUUGGUUUCCAGAGGAGUGGAAAAGUGUUUUGAAGAGCCUUCGCAUUAGCACGCUGAAGGAGGCUGUGGAGACGGUCAGAAACGAAAGCAGUGCUGGUAGCGAGCUCGUGUUUUGCACCAAGGACUACUUUGUUCAAAGCGUUUUGGGUCUCUCGAUCUCCACAGGCGGGACGGGCCAGGCUCUAGGAGGCGCUGGAGGUGAGUCUCAGCAGCAUAACAAGCCCCCCGCUCUGCAUAAUCUGGGUAAAGUAGGUAGCUUGGUUAAUUUCUGCGUUCUGGAUUUGGACAACACAGAGGCGGAUGAAGAGGCAGAACAGGACUCGCCUGGACCAUCAGUGCUGCGUACGCUAGGAGCAAGUGCUCACGAAAUCAAAAGCGUGCUUCUGACCUCGAAUGUGUUCAUUUUCCAGAUCACCUCUCCUGGGCAAGACGAGGAUGCUACGGCUGGGUCGAAGCAAAAGGCACUGGGCCCGCUCGUUUUGCGUAACAAAAAUGGCGGAAAGCUUUCGAAAAAGGGAAAUAUAGCAGUACUUCACGACUGCGGCUACCAGAAGUACUCAGAUAUGACACAAUGCAAGUUUUUACAAAGAUCGCGUGACUUAUUUGGGGUAACUGGCUACUCUCUCAACGCGUAAGCUAGAAUAACCCGACACCUGGAGCAGUUUGGAGUUAUUUGAGAUAGCUCUGAUUUGCACUAUUUAUGUUACAAAGUAUUUUGAAGUAAAAGGAAAUAGCAUUCGUGGCUACGUAUACACAGUACUAACGUGUGGCUGUUCUAGUUGAAAAGAUUUAUAUUUGCUUUCUAAUUUAGACCGCUUGCAGUUUGUUCAGGGGGUCUCGGAUCUGAGUUUCGACACUCAGUCUGCGUACGACAAAGUUCAGCGGGCGCUCGCUUACUUGCGUGAGCCAGGGUCUUUGCGUGGCUCAAACAGCCCCAUAAAGAAAGCACUCGUCGAUUUGGAAACCCCUUUGCUGCGGCCGAUGAAUCCCGGGGACGACUUUUUGCUCACCGAUGGCCGUGUUUUCAUAGUGGUCUACUCGAAAAAGCAACCCACUUACUACGACCUGAGUCUAGCUGGUGCGACCUCGAAGCUGAAUUUAACGUACUGCAAAACGCGCUUUGAGGGAAGCUUAGCUUUUGGCAGCGGCGACCAAGUGGGGGCCGAAUAUGUGAAUGGCGUUAAGAGGUGCGACAUGCUGGUGCACGAAUUCCAGUUUCGUCCGGAAGAACUGCGUGGUCCGCAGGCGCAAAGCGAAAACACUGGCUGUGUGCUAUUUUCAGGCUACAACCGUACGAAAUUGAAAGCGUGGUCGGAGGACCGCCCGAUUGUGAUGCUCAUGCACGUGGAUGCGAACGGCGUCAAUACCCUGUACUACUGCCCGGCUCCCAUGAACGAGCGAAUCGGAAAUAGCGUCACCUAUGGCGCAAUCAGUUUUCAAGUGUUUACUCCAGCAAUGCUCGCGGCACAGCGAAGCAGCAUUGCAAGCCGAUGGGCAGGUCAGGGUGGAACAGCACAAGCAGCAGCUAGCUCGUCUUGGAAGUCUAAAAUUCGGUUCUACCUUCACACUGCACAAGAGGGCUAUUGUCCAGCGCAUAUAGACCAGUCGGCUCCGGUAAAAGCUGAGUGCUACAAGCAUUACUAUGACCUCGCGAAGUCCUACUUUGCCUCUGCGCCGUCUCUAGAAGAGAUUGAGGGACGCAACGCUGUUGCUGCUGAUGAACAGGGAGCAGACGACGCCGAUGCAAGCGGCCAGGAAGCCACGGCUCUAGCGGCAGGAGCACAAGGGCAGAUGACGGGAGCACUCGCGUCAUCGGCAAAGAGCUCCGCGUCUGGGACCACGGUCGAGGAAAAAAGUGCCGCUCCUUCUGUUGCAAUCGAGGAUCCUUUUGCGAAUUCUCCAGGCCCAGUCAUCGUAUCCAACUCGAAGACGGCGUCGUCGAUUCUGCAAGCGCUUAUAGGCCUAGGUUCGGCAUCAGCGGCAACUUCGCCUGCACAUGGAAAAGACAACAAACUAGAUUCGUCUCAAUAUCUUUCGCUCUUGAACACUGCAAAUUUCAUCGAGUUUACCAAUGGCUUUCGUCGCUGGAAGAUGAAAGAACAAGAUGAGACUACCAGUACCUCUGUGAAGAUUAGUUCUCCGCCUACUAAGAAACAGCCAACCAAAGCGUUUUUAGGACAGGUGAGCAGCGCGAAGCAGACACGGCAACCAGCGUUGUUGAUGAUGGGCAAAGUGGACGAAAAUUUGAUGCGUUGGUGUCCGUCCAAAAAUCCAACUUUGCUGCUUCUAGACGACACAAACCGCAUCCCCUACGAGGUAAUGGGUUUCGUGGACGGUCCCCGAAAAGCAUUCGAAGAGUGUCUCUGUGUGAUCUACACCAGUGUAAAAGUUCCUGAAGACCUGCACAAUCAGGGAGCGAUCAAGGUCUCGCCGGAGGCAAUAGAGUCGGCUUUCGGCCAGAUUGACAUGAAUCCGUUGAUGCUUCUUGGACAGAAGUCUGUGGUUCUGGCUGUGGUGGUGAACGAGAACAAAAAGAGAGAAAUUCUCGCCGCACGGGUGCUCCGCAAGGGCCCGAGCGGUUGCGGCUCCACCUUGAUCGACGACGCCUUCGCGGACGUCACCGAGGCAGUCACGUUUUUGAACGUCGGGAACAGUCAGCACAAGGACAGCCAGAAGAAGAAGGAUGGCUCGAAGGAGAAGAGUCUUACAGUAUCUGAAUUGCUGGAGCGAAUUCGUAAUUGGGCGUUUGCGAAGGUGUUCCCAUCAUCAAAUGAAUUUCAAGACGCGUCCCAGAAUAUUGCUCACCAGAAUCAAUCUGCACAACAUCCAGAAAGGGCUUUUGUUGAUUGCGCAGGCAAGAUUCUGGUGCCACCUGGAAAGUAUGUUGGCAUUUCUGAAUUCGCUGCGUUUGUGAAGAAGGAGAUGUUUAUUCCAGAGCUCUUUCACAGUUUCGCCAGCGAAAUCGAAGCAAGGCUGAAUGAUCUUACCACAAAUUUCCACGAGGAGAACCGAAUCAACGAUGCAGCAGCGGGAAUCUCAGACUUACAACUUCAGAAUGCCGACGAGCCUGAAUUCGAUGCGGCGACUGGAAGAUCAAAGGAAGAUGCUCAAAACACUUUAGCCACUCAACGCAAGAGGGAACUUCUAUCGAAGUGCCAUGCGGCUUUUGAGACUGAGCUGUCGAAACGACUGGAGAAAAACAUCGGAGAAACCCUGAAAUUGCUGUUGAGCCACCUCGAAUGGGUCGCGAACGAAGCUCAAAUCUCGACGGUGCGGGGCCAGCUGAUGCAGGCAUGGAGUGAUGAGGUGGCGCCGAAGCUACUACAAUUACACGAGCGACUGGUUUUGAGUGCUUCGAAGAGUGCAGGAGCGGCUCUUGCUGGGUCUUCGCCUGGAGCGCUGUCGAAUGCGUCUGCGCUAUCAAUCCAUACUGCGGUGAGCACGGAUUUGUCGUCUGAUGUGAAGAUGGGGAAUGCGGCGGUAGCCUUGGUACCAACAACUUCUCUCGAGAAGACAGCAUCAACUCCGGCCGAGGCGCUAGCGCUUGCUUGGCAAACCAAUGACUUGGACUUACUGCGCGCAGCACGGCAGUUGAAAAAUAUGGUCUCUUCGGUAAAGCGAAAGUGUGAUUAUCUCGCUCGUUUCUUUGAUUUAUCCAGUAAGCGUAAGCCGAAUGCCACAUAUGCCAUGAUCGUGGAUAUCGCUGCGAAGAACAAGCGCGGCGUGCGCGCACAGCAAAAGGCCGACACCACGAAGGCGAACCUCUCCACACUGCACAACAUGGACCGUGACGAUUUCUUGAGUUACUACAGCCAACCGGAAGUUUGCCAAACGAUUUUACACGCGGUGAUCGAUACCGUGAACAUGCGCGAGUUCGAGAACCAGGUAGUAGCGAUUUGUGGCCCAGAGAAGGACUUUCUGAGGCUCAAACCUGAUGCAAAACUCCUAAAGGCGGUCGAAGAGCGCAUGGCAGAACGGGAGCAAGAGCAAGAACGCAAGAAGGCAGAGGACGCUAGAAAAAGAGCAGCUAUGAGUUCAAGGAGCACCACGAGUAGUGCGCCUCAGAUGCUUGACAAUGUUACAACGCCGCCUGGACCUGGAGAGAUGGUUAUAGCGACCGGCGCAUUCUCGUCGUCCUCUGUUGUACAAAAACACGCAGCAGGUGGCGUCGCAUCUACUAGCGACGAGGAGGAAAAUAAUUCCGCGAUGCAAAAGCGCAGAAAGGUCGAAAUCGAUCCCACCAGUAUUACUCCUUCAAUUUGCGGCGUCUCUGACCGCAUCAUGACGGUCGAGCCAGAAGUUUACUCCGAGAUUCUCAGCGUCGACAUGGCCACAGAGGGCAUUGCGGUCAAUGACCAAGUAAGCAGUACAAGCGGCAACAACCAAAAGAAGAAGGAAGAGAAGACCACGCUGUGCUAUCGUCCGACGAUGAAUUUAAGGGCCUUUUCGAACUAGAUCAAAUGAAUCCCGCAGCUUAGUAAUGGUAAAACUUCUUCAACCUUUCAUCUAUUUGGACUUUGUUAGGCUUCCUUAGGCAGUAGCUUCUUGAUUUGAUUCGUAUGAAGAGAUGUCUGGAUUCGUAUGAAGAGAUGUCUUGAUUCGUAUGAAGUGAUGUCUUCCUAAAGAUGAACUAUAUAGGGAUCGCCCAUGGCUAGUAGGCACGAAGGCACUUGACGUCGUGUAACAAGAAGUAACACAUAGAGACUUCUAGUCAUUCUAAUCUCUACUGCCCCGAUGAUUCCCAUUCCGAUUUUCUCGCGUUAUGCAUUGAAAGAACAAGGUGAAGCUGAGGAGAUAUUCAUGGGAAAGUCAGUUUACAUUCCAUGGGAUGAGGAGACUGCAAAACCAGAUGUGCAGAUGUGGCGCAUGGCCGUCUCUAAAGUGAUACAAAACUCCUCCACGUUGCAGCGCGCUGUCACAAUGCACACCGGCGGAGGAGCUGGCGGCUCCUUGACGAUUCCCAACGCUCAAUGGGUCAUAGUGAAGAUUCUGUUAGACUUGGCACUCAUAAUGACUGACCGCGCAAAGAAUCUGCCUGCAAUUACGGAGGAGAACCGAUUUGACACACUACCGAGUAUGAUUCGCAGUUUGGUACUGACGGCAGUGGGGAUUACGCAAGCAGGGGAUAAGCCACUUGGCAACGCCUGGGCUGUUUGCAAGAAUGUCAACUUAUGACGAUAAAGGGUUUUUUCGAUGAAGAUAGCUUGGCAAUGACUGUAGCACUUAAGUCUUGAAUGAGUCGUAGCUCGGAUGUUUCUACUUGUAAUAUAUCGCCCUGUUUAAUCGUUUGUCUGUGUCCGUAAUUUUUUCAACUUCAACUAAUUUUAGACAGAGAGAUCUCUACUUUCGUUUGCUUCAGCCGACCACCUCCUCGUUCAUACCACACCAGACCGGAACUACCGGAGGAUAAGCGUGACUGGUUUAUGCUUUUAGUCCUAGCAAAGGUGUAUCCCAAAACCGGCAUGGACGCGAAAUGCUUCCGCGCAAAUUUGAGGAAAUUGUUGGUGCGCUUUUUCAACAAGAUUUGCGAACCGUACAUCCAAGAGUUGCACAAGGACUACGAGGCGCGCAAGAAGCAGUACGAUAAGAAGGUCGCGGACAACUAUAUUCUGCAGCCGAUAUCCCGCAAAGAGCUGGCGCCGGUGAUGGUCAACAAGCCGUCCAGAUUCUGCGCUAUCUGCUGGCUAUUGAAGCCUGCGUACCAGUUCCCGAAAAAUUCGUGUGCCACUCGCCGUGUAGACCGUGGGGAAAAGCACAGGCCGCAGGGAGGAGGUGAAAACUCUCCGUACACGAACUGGACCAGCACGGAGUGGAACCCACCUCAAACUCUCGAAGAGUUCAAGACCUCCUACGACACGAGAAUGCAGAUGCCGAAAGCGGACAAAAAAACCGGUGCAACAGCUCCGUAUGGGAAAACCCUUUCAGAGUUGUACCAUUCGAGCGACUUUACCAAAAAUCAGACGGGAUUCGAGCGCAAGACGAAUGAAGCACUUCGCGCCGUGAUUUUUUCAUUCAAAGCGAACAAACAUUACACGGCUUCUGUGGCGGCGAGUACCAGCAAGAAAUCUAAGAAAUACAAAAAGAACAACGGCAGCAAGAACCAGGAUGAUAAGUCCUCGCAAGGUGGAUCAGAAAAAGGCCGCAUUACCGAAGAAUUGGAAAAGCACCCGGAUUUCGAAACUUUCUGUGCGCGCGUCCGCCACGAAGUCUGCGCCACAACGGGGCACACGUGCGUCAUGUGUCGCGUCCGUCUGAAUCAGAUUGGGAAGACCCAAGUCAAUGUUGGCGGAUUCAUUAAGACGCCGAAGGACGCAAACUACGUAGUGCCCCUGCCAGAUGCGAUCGAGCCAUUACCGGGAAUCGCCAUGCAAGUCAUAGAGAACCACAAUGCCGAAGUGGAACGAAUGACGCAGGAGCGUGGUCAACAAGUAGAACAACAGGUUGUAGGGAUGAAAAAAGAAGUACUAGAGCAGGUUUCAUGGUCCACGAAUGAUGUUCCACCGAUGGACGAACAAGAAAAGUCUAAGUCAACACAAGGACGAAAAGCACAGGAGAAGAAAGACCGCUUUCUUGGCGUGUGUGGCAAAGCUUUCGGUGCCAAAUUGGUGAAAGAGGAGGGUGUUUUUCGGGAGUACCAGAAAGCAAAAAAAGAAGCCACGGAAGCCUACCAAAACAACAUAGGCGAAGUCCAGGACGUCGGCGAUGAAGAUGACCCGCUGCCACCAUGGCUGGCACCGAAAAAACUGUUGGUUGUCAGGGGUGGAGCGUCUGGGAGUAUACAAGAUGGGCCUAGCAUGGCGGCAUUGACUUAUGGUGGUGGCCAGGCGUCGUCAAGCUCAUCAGGGCCACAGCAAACUACAUCUACAGCAUUGGCCAGUUCGAGCAAAAAGCGACAGCGCGAUGAUGUGGACGACCUGGAAACGGUGCCAGCAAGCAGCGCCUUGCUCGCAAAUGUGUUUGAUGGUGAAAAAGCCACGACCGGAAGUGCGAAAAAACGAAGUAAAGCUAGUACUUCGGCACAGGAGGCUUCCUCUCUUUCCCUAAAUAAGCUUCAGUCUCUGUUUGCUGCAAAAGAAGCGGAGUUUGAGAAAGAAGAGCAGUCAGUGAGUGUUCGAUUCGCAUCUCUGUGGGCAUCGACACUCGUCGGCAACGAGAUGGAAGCGAUUGCAGCGGUUUGUGCCACUUACCGAGGCCCGGACUUUGACGUGCUUGUCGGAUUGGUGCGAGCCGCGGGUCUCGUUCUCGGAGUAGUUAGUGCUGCGGUGGGUAAUGAGGACAAUGAAGAUGAUGCUGUGCUUGCUAUCCAAUCCAUUUUACGUGGCCUGGUCCUAGAUUUCAGAUGUAAAGAUGCAGUUGAACGAGAAAACAAUUUCCUGGAAAAAUUUUACUCGGCCAAGGGAAAUAAAUAAAAUUGAAGUUAGUAAAAUUCUACAUAGGUUUUGACAUAGUCAUCGGCACACAUAUCAUGACAUUUGAGUUUGAGCUACUUCUCGGUUGGGAGCACAUCUUUAGGCUCGUAGGGUUGAGGCCUGAGCGCGCUUUUGAGCCAGGGCUUAGAAGAUAGUACUGCUCCACACAUUCAUGUGUUCCGUUAUCUCAGAUAAUGAAUAUGAUGAUGAGCCUUUUCUUUCUUGUGCCUUAUCCUUGUCGGUGUUCCACACUUAAACAGGUUGCCGCCCCAAGUGUUCUCUCUGGCCGUGUCGAAUUUCUGUGUUAUCUUUCUACUUGCGCGUCACUUUUGUUGAGGCUUGUGGCUUUGGUUUGAGUGAAUAAAACAAUAACAUCUGUACUGAAGCUUCUGGGAGUGUAAAACCUAACUUUUGAGUAAAAAAUGCAUGAUGAGGGGAGUAAAAAGUGGCUACUUUAUGGCUUUUGAAGAAACAAAAAACAUCUGAAAAGUAUACAAUUAACCUCCUCCCAUAAAAAAAAGUAACACAUUUUUUUCCCCUUGGGAUAAGAAAGAGGUGCGCUGCAAAUCUUGGUAGGCUAUCGCCUUUUUAAAAAAAGGCGAAGGUUUAGGUCCAGCGACGCUUAAAGCACAAAAGUAAGGCAGCCGGUUAGUUUUCCGGCUAAUAUCCUUAGGCUUAUCUCUUCAUGACCAAAAUUAGAAAAACUAUAUUUAUGUGUUCAACGAUUUAUGGUCGGAAGUUUUUCAUCGAGCAUCCAUGUGUUUAUGUACAUUAACCCUUCCGUUCGUUGAGUAGUCAACAGAAAUAAAUACAUGAGCAUAGGUGUUUUGUUGUUGUAGAGAAGCAUAUUAGCCCACUAUUCUCGCUCGCUCAUCUUGUUGUAGUCCUGCUUUGUGAAUUGAUUAUAGAUCUUGAGUACUUGUUCUUUUACUCAGAGUAAUAAACCAUAUUCAGUCGUCUUCACGCGAAAUAAGAAAAGUAUGGGGGCACAGGAGUCAUCGUUGGGUGGCGGCCCACAGGGCAGUCGGGCCGCUUGGUUUCCAGAGGAGUGGAAAAGUGUUUUGAAGAGCCUUCGCAUUAGCACGCUGAAGGAGGCUGUGGAGACGGUUAGAAACGAAAGCAGUGCUGGUAACGAGCUCGUGUUUUGCACCAAGGACUACUUUGUUCAAAGCGUUUUGGGUCUCUCGGUCUCCACAGGCUGGACGGGCCAGGCUCUAGGAGGUGCUGGAGGUGAGUCUCAGCAGCAUAACAAGCCGCCUGCUCUGCAUAAUCUGGGUAAAGUAGGUAGCUUGGUUAAUUUCUGCGUUCUGGAUUUGGACAACACAGAGGCGGAUGAAGAGGCAGAGCAGGAUACGCCUGGACCAUCAGUGCUACGUACGCUAGGAGCAAGUGCUCACGAAAUCAAAAGCGUGCUUUUGACCUCGAAUGUGUUCAUUUUCCAGAUCACCUCUCCUGGGCAAGACGAGGACGCUACGGCUGGGUCUGAGCAAAAGGCAUUGGGCCCGCUCGUUUUGCGGAACAAAAAUGGCGGAAAGCUUUCGGAUAAGGGAAAUAUAGCAGUACUUCACGACUGCGGCUACCGGAAGUACUCGGUUAUGACACAAUGCAAGUUUUUACAAAGAUCGCGUGACUUGUUUGGGGUAACUGGCUACCCAAACGCGAAGCUAGAAUAACCCGACACCUGGAGCAGUUUGGAGUUAUUUGAGAUAUCUCUGAUUUGCGCUAUUUAUGUUACAAAGGAUUUUGAAGUAAGAUGAAAUAGCAUUCGUGGCUACGUAUACACAGCACUAACGUGUGGCUGUUCUAGUUGAAAAGAUUUAUAUUUGCUUUCUAAUUUAGACCGCUUGCAGUUUGUUCAGGGGGUCUCGGAUCUGAGUUUCGACACUCAGUCUGCGUACGACAAAGUUCAGCGGGCGCUCGCUUACUUGCGUGAGCCAGGGUCUUUGCGUGACUCAAACAGCCCCAUAAAGAAAGCACUCGUCGAUUUGGAAACCCCUUUGCUGCGGCCGAUGAAUCCCGGGGACGACUUUUUGCUCACCGAUGGCCGUGUUUUCAUAGUGGUCUACUCGAAAAAGCAACCCACUUACUACGACCUGAGUCUAGCUGGUGCGACCUCGAAGCUGAAUUUAACGUACUGCAAAACGCGCUUUGAGGGAAGCUUAGCUUUUGGCAGCGGCGACCAAGUGGGGGCCGAAUAUGUGAAUGGCGUUAAGAGGUGCGACAUGCUGGUGCACGAAUUCCAGUUUCGUCCGGAAGAACUGCGUGGUCCGCAGGCGCAAAGCGAAAACACUGGCUGUGUGCUAUUUUCAGGCUACAACCGUACGAAAUUGAAAGCGUGGUCGGAGGACCGCCCGAUUGUGAUGCUCAUGCACGUGGAUGCGAACGGCGUCAAUACCCUGUACUACUGCCCGGCUCCCAUGAACGAGCGAAUCGGAAAUAGCGUCACCUAUGGCGCAAUCAGUUUUCAAGUGUUUACUCCAGCAAUGCUCGCGGCACAGCGAAGCAGCAUUGCAAGCCGAUGGGCAGGUCAGGGUGGAACAGCACAAGCAGCAGCUAGCUCGUCUUGGAAGUCUAAAAUUCGGUUCUACCUUCACACUGCACAAGAGGGCUAUUGUCCAGCGCAUAUAGACCAGUCGGCUCCGGUAAAAGCUGAGUGCUACAAGCAUUACUAUGACCUCGCGAAGUCCUACUUUGCCUCUGCGCCGUCUCUAGAAGAGAUUGAGGGACGCAACGCUGUUGCUGCUGAUGAACAGGGAGCAGACGACGCCGAUGCAAGCGGCCAGGAAGCCACGGCUCUAGCGGCAGGAGCACAAGGGCAGAUGACGGGAGCACUCGCGUCAUCGGCAAAGAGCUCCGCGUCUGGGACCACGGUCGAGGAAAAAAGUGCCGCUCCUUCUGUUGCAAUCGAGGAUCCUUUUGCGAAUUCUCCAGGCCCAGUCAUCGUAUCCAACUCGAAGACGGCGUCGUCGAUUCUGCAAGCGCUUAUAGGCCUAGGUUCGGCAUCAGCGGCAACUUCGCCUGCACAUGGAAAAGACAACAAACUAGAUUCGUCUCAAUAUCUUUCGCUCUUGAACACUGCAAAUUUCAUCGAGUUUACCAAUGGCUUUCGUCGCUGGAAGAUGAAAGAACAAGAUGAGACUACCAGUACCUCUGUGAAGAUUAGUUCUCCGCCUACUAAGAAACAGCCAACCAAAGCGUUUUUAGGACAGGUGAGCAGCGCGAAGCAGACACGGCAACCAGCGUUGUUGAUGAUGGGCAAAGUGGACGAAAAUUUGAUGCGUUGGUGUCCGUCCAAAAAUCCAACUUUGCUGCUUCUAGACGACACAAACCGCAUCCCCUACGAGGUAAUGGGUUUCGUGGACGGUCCCCGAAAAGCAUUCGAAGAGUGUCUCUGUGUGAUCUACACCAGUGUAAAAGUUCCUGAAGACCUGCACAAUCAGGGAGCGAUCAAGGUCUCGCCGGAGGCAAUAGAGUCGGCUUUCGGCCAGAUUGACAUGAAUCCGUUGAUGCUUCUUGGACAGAAGUCUGUGGUUCUGGCUGUGGUGGUGAACGAGAACAAAAAGAGAGAAAUUCUCGCCGCACGGGUGCUCCGCAAGGGCCCGAGCGGUUGCGGCUCCACCUUGAUCGACGACGCCUUCGCGGACGUCACCGAGGCAGUCACGUUUUUGAACGUCGGGAACAGUCAGCACAAGGACAGCCAGAAGAAGAAGGAUGGCUCGAAGGAGAAGAGUCUUACAGUAUCUGAAUUGCUGGAGCGAAUUCGUAAUUGGGCGUUUGCGAAGGUGUUCCCAUCAUCAAAUGAAUUUCAAGACGCGUCCCAGAAUAUUGCUCACCAGAAUCAAUCUGCACAACAUCCAGAAAGGGCUUUUGUUGAUUGCGCAGGCAAGAUUCUGGUGCCACCUGGAAAGUAUGUUGGCAUUUCUGAAUUCGCUGCGUUUGUGAAGAAGGAGAUGUUUAUUCCAGAGCUCUUUCACAGUUUCGCCAGCGAAAUCGAAGCAAGGCUGAAUGAUCUUACCACAAAUUUCCACGAGGAGAACCGAAUCAACGAUGCAGCAGCGGGAAUCUCAGACUUACAACUUCAGAAUGCCGACGAGCCUGAAUUCGAUGCGGCGACUGGAAGAUCAAAGGAAGAUGCUCAAAACACUUUAGCCACUCAACGCAAGAGGGAACUUCUAUCGAAGUGCCAUGCGGCUUUUGAGACUGAGCUGUCGAAACGACUGGAGAAAAACAUCGGAGAAACCCUGAAAUUGCUGUUGAGCCACCUCGAAUGGGUCGCGAACGAAGCUCAAAUCUCGACGGUGCGGGGCCAGCUGAUGCAGGCAUGGAGUGAUGAGGUGGCGCCGAAGCUACUACAAUUACACGAGCGACUGGUUUUGAGUGCUUCGAAGAGUGCAGGAGCGGCUCUUGCUGGGUCUUCGCCUGGAGCGCUGUCGAAUGCGUCUGCGCUAUCAAUCCAUACUGCGGUGAGCACGGAUUUGUCGUCUGAUGUGAAGAUGGGGAAUGCGGCGGUAGCCUUGGUACCAACAACUUCUCUCGAGAAGACAGCAUCAACUCCGGCCGAGGCGCUAGCGCUUGCUUGGCAAACCAAUGACUUGGACUUACUGCGCGCAGCACGGCAGUUGAAAAAUAUGGUCUCUUCGGUAAAGCGAAAGUGUGAUUAUCUCGCUCGUUUCUUUGAUUUAUCCAGUAAGCGUAAGCCGAAUGCCACAUAUGCCAUGAUCGUGGAUAUCGCUGCGAAGAACAAGCGCGGCGUGCGCGCACAGCAAAAGGCCGACACCACGAAGGCGAACCUCUCCACACUGCACAACAUGGACCGUGACGAUUUCUUGAGUUACUACAGCCAACCGGAAGUUUGCCAAACGAUUUUACACGCGGUGAUCGAUACCGUGAACAUGCGCGAGUUCGAGAACCAGGUAGUAGCGAUUUGUGGCCCAGAGAAGGACUUUCUGAGGCUCAAACCUGAUGCAAAACUCCUAAAGGCGGUCGAAGAGCGCAUGGCAGAACGGGAGCAAGAGCAAGAACGCAAGAAGGCAGAGGACGCUAGAAAAAGAGCAGCUAUGAGUUCAAGGAGCACCACGAGUAGUGCGCCUCAGAUGCUUGACAAUGUUACAACGCCGCCUGGACCUGGAGAGAUGGUUAUAGCGACCGGCGCAUUCUCGUCGUCCUCUGUUGUACAAAAACACGCAGCAGGUGGCGUCGCAUCUACUAGCGACGAGGAGGAAAAUAAUUCCGCGAUGCAAAAGCGCAGAAAGGUCGAAAUCGAUCCCACCAGUAUUACUCCUUCAAUUUGCGGCGUCUCUGACCGCAUCAUGACGGUCGAGCCAGAAGUUUACUCCGAGAUUCUCAGCGUCGACAUGGCCACAGAGGGCAUUGCGGUCAAUGACCAAGUAAGCAGUACAAGCGGCAACAACCAAAAGAAGAAGGAAGAGAAGACCACGCUGUGCUAUCGUCCGACGAUGAAUUUAAGGGCCUUUUCGAACUAGAUCAAAUGAAUCCCGCAGCUUAGUAAUGGUAAAACUUCUUCAACCUUUCAUCUAUUUGGACUUUGUUAGGCUUCCUUAGGCAGUAGCUUCUUGAUUUGAUUCGUAUGAAGAGAUGUCUGGAUUCGUAUGAAGAGAUGUCUUGAUUCGUAUGAAGUGAUGUCUUCCUAAAGAUGAACUAUAUAGGGAUCGCCCAUGGCUAGUAGGCACGAAGGCACUUGACGUCGUGUAACAAGAAGUAACACAUAGAGACUUCUAGUCAUUCUAAUCUCUACUGCCCCGAUGAUUCCCAUUCCGAUUUUCUCGCGUUAUGCAUUGAAAGAACAAGGUGAAGCUGAGGAGAUAUUCAUGGGAAAGUCAGUUUACAUUCCAUGGGAUGAGGAGACUGCAAAACCAGAUGUGCAGAUGUGGCGCAUGGCCGUCUCUAAAGUGAUACAAAACUCCUCCACGUUGCAGCGCGCUGUCACAAUGCACACCGGCGGAGGAGCUGGCGGCUCCUUGACGAUUCCCAACGCUCAAUGGGUCAUAGUGAAGAUUCUGUUAGACUUGGCACUCAUAAUGACUGACCGCGCAAAGAAUCUGCCUGCAAUUACGGAGGAGAACCGAUUUGACACACUACCGAGUAUGAUUCGCAGUUUGGUACUGACGGCAGUGGGGAUUACGCAAGCAGGGGAUAAGCCACUUGGCAACGCCUGGGCUGUUUGCAAGAAUGUCAACUUAUGACGAUAAAGGGUUUUUUCGAUGAAGAUAGCUUGGCAAUGACUGUAGCACUUAAGUCUUGAAUGAGUCGUAGCUCGGAUGUUUCUACUUGUAAUAUAUCGCCCUGUUUAAUCGUUUGUCUGUGUCCGUAAUUUUUUCAACUUCAACUAAUUUUAGACAGAGAGAUCUCUACUUUCGUUUGCUUCAGCCGACCACCUCCUCGUUCAUACCACACCAGACCGGAACUACCGGAGGAUAAGCGUGACUGGUUUAUGCUUUUAGUCCUAGCAAAGGUGUAUCCCAAAACCGGCAUGGACGCGAAAUGCUUCCGCGCAAAUUUGAGGAAAUUGUUGGUGCGCUUUUUCAACAAGAUUUGCGAACCGUACAUCCAAGAGUUGCACAAGGACUACGAGGCGCGCAAGAAGCAGUACGAUAAGAAGGUCGCGGACAACUAUAUUCUGCAGCCGAUAUCCCGCAAAGAGCUGGCGCCGGUGAUGGUCAACAAGCCGUCCAGAUUCUGCGCUAUCUGCUGGCUAUUGAAGCCUGCGUACCAGUUCCCGAAAAAUUCGUGUGCCACUCGCCGUGUAGACCGUGGGGAAAAGCACAGGCCGCAGGGAGGAGGUGAAAACUCUCCGUACACGAACUGGACCAGCACGGAGUGGAACCCACCUCAAACUCUCGAAGAGUUCAAGACCUCCUACGACACGAGAAUGCAGAUGCCGAAAGCGGACAAAAAAACCGGUGCAACAGCUCCGUAUGGGAAAACCCUUUCAGAGUUGUACCAUUCGAGCGACUUUACCAAAAAUCAGACGGGAUUCGAGCGCAAGACGAAUGAAGCACUUCGCGCCGUGAUUUUUUCAUUCAAAGCGAACAAACAUUACACGGCUUCUGUGGCGGCGAGUACCAGCAAGAAAUCUAAGAAAUACAAAAAGAACAACGGCAGCAAGAACCAGGAUGAUAAGUCCUCGCAAGGUGGAUCAGAAAAAGGCCGCAUUACCGAAGAAUUGGAAAAGCACCCGGAUUUCGAAACUUUCUGUGCGCGCGUCCGCCACGAAGUCUGCGCCACAACGGGGCACACGUGCGUCAUGUGUCGCGUCCGUCUGAAUCAGAUUGGGAAGACCCAAGUCAAUGUUGGCGGAUUCAUUAAGACGCCGAAGGACGCAAACUACGUAGUGCCCCUGCCAGAUGCGAUCGAGCCAUUACCGGGAAUCGCCAUGCAAGUCAUAGAGAACCACAAUGCCGAAGUGGAACGAAUGACGCAGGAGCGUGGUCAACAAGUAGAACAACAGGUUGUAGGGAUGAAAAAAGAAGUACUAGAGCAGGUUUCAUGGUCCACGAAUGAUGUUCCACCGAUGGACGAACAAGAAAAGUCUAAGUCAACACAAGGACGAAAAGCACAGGAGAAGAAAGACCGCUUUCUUGGCGUGUGUGGCAAAGCUUUCGGUGCCAAAUUGGUGAAAGAGGAGGGUGUUUUUCGGGAGUACCAGAAAGCAAAAAAAGAAGCCACGGAAGCCUACCAAAACAACAUAGGCGAAGUCCAGGACGUCGGCGAUGAAGAUGACCCGCUGCCACCAUGGCUGGCACCGAAAAAACUGUUGGUUGUCAGGGGUGGAGCGUCUGGGAGUAUACAAGAUGGGCCUAGCAUGGCGGCAUUGACUUAUGGUGGUGGCCAGGCGUCGUCAAGCUCAUCAGGGCCACAGCAAACUACAUCUACAGCAUUGGCCAGUUCGAGCAAAAAGCGACAGCGCGAUGAUGUGGACGACCUGGAAACGGUGCCAGCAAGCAGCGCCUUGCUCGCAAAUGUGUUUGAUGGUGAAAAAGCCACGACCGGAAGUGCGAAAAAACGAAGUAAAGCUAGUACUUCGGCACAGGAGGCUUCCUCUCUUUCCCUAAAUAAGCUUCAGUCUCUGUUUGCUGCAAAAGAAGCGGAGUUUGAGAAAGAAGAGCAGUCAGUGAGUGUUCGAUUCGCAUCUCUGUGGGCAUCGACACUCGUCGGCAACGAGAUGGAAGCGAUUGCAGCGGUUUGUGCCACUUACCGAGGCCCGGACUUUGACGUGCUUGUCGGAUUGGUGCGAGCCGCGGGUCUCGUUCUCGGAGUAGUUAGUGCUGCGGUGGGUAAUGAGGACAAUGAAGAUGAUGCUGUGCUUGCUAUCCAAUCCAUUUUACGUGGCCUGGUCCUAGAUUUCAGAUGUAAAGAUGCAGUUGAACGAGAAAACAAUUUCCUGGAAAAAUUUUACUCGGCCAAGGGAAAUAAAUAAAAUUGAAGUUAGUAAAAUUCUACAUAGGUUUUGACAUAGUCAUCGGCACACAUAUCAUGACAUUUGAGUUUGAGCUACUUCUCGGUUGGGAGCACAUCUUUAGGCUCGUAGGGUUGAGGCCUGAGCGCGCUUUUGAGCCAGGGCUUAGAAGAUAGUACUGCUCCAUACAUCAAUGUACAAUACGGAAACACGCUUGUUUAGAACGCAAUCCAUGUGAGAAACAUUACUUCCCAAUAGUCUUCUUGAAGUCAAACAAAAACGGAUAGUAACUGAUCGCGCUUCGUUAGACGCAACAAUAGUUGUUGAAAUUGAGUAGAAGGAAAGUUCAAC